UAAUCUGGAUGCAUCUUCCGAGUGUUAUUCAUGUUUUGAAGGUAUGAACUUGCUUCUGGUGAAAGCUACUUUCGACAAGGUGAUCUUGGACGGGUCCUGAAGAAAAUUUUUAGCUGUGGAGAAGCACUAUGCUGAUAUUACUGAAGAUCAAUUUGAUUUCCAUUCUUAUUGUUUACGGAAAAUGACACUGCGUGCAUAUGUUGAUAUGCUAAAAUUUCAAGAUCAGUUGCAUUCACAUUCUUAUUUUCACAAAGCAGCAGCCGGUGCCAUCAGGUACUAUUUAAAGUUGUACGAUUCUAGUUUGAACUCGCCAACUGAAUUAGAUGUCAACACUUCAAAGACUACUGAAAAAAAGAACAUGAAGAGGCAGAGGAGGCAGAACGAGCUAAGAAAGUGGCAGAGGAGAAAAAUGAAGGAUCAAGUGCUAGUGGCACGUUUAAGUCUGGGAAACGACACGUUGAACCUAUAGAUCCAGAUCAUUAUGGAGAAAAAUUAUUGAAGACUGGGGAUCCCUUGUCGGAAGCUACUAAGUACUUGAAGUUACUUCAGAAGAACUGACCUGGUUCUUCGGA